AUGAAAUAUUGGUGUGAAGAUGAUAUAACUGUCAAUGAGAUAAUAAUCGGUGGAUACAUGAUAAGUAUGGCUGGUUAUUCGUAUUUCGUUAAAAAUUAUGGAAAAAAUUUUACAACGUGGGAAUGCGAAUAUUACCGCAAACAUCGGUGCGAACAUAUUCAUGAACCAGCACCAAAUAAUAUUGAAGUUCGAAAAUUUAAACAUCGUGUAAGAGAGCGCUGUAGACAAGAAUUAUCUAGUCCACGAACAAUUUACGAAGAUGAACUGAAGAAAGGAAAAUAUUCAUCGGAAAUGUUAGCACUUUUGCCAACAUUUUACAAUAUGCAACAUUUACCACCAUCACCAACAGAUCCUAACUUUAUCCUACAUCCAGCAUUUACAUCUACAGACCAAGGUGAAAGAUUUUUAUUAUAUGACUCAAAUAGUGUUCAAGCACCAUAUGCAUCAGCACCAAGUGAAGUCGGACGUCUUAUAAUCUAUGCUAGUGAUUUACAGUUGAAUAUUUUAUCGAAAUCAAAACGUAUUGGUAGUGAUAGUACAUUUGAAACAGCUGCACAGAUUACUCAUCAAAAUUAUAUAAUAAUGGGUGAAUAUGAAGAAAAACAUCCUGUACCAUUAGUUUUUUGUUUAUGCGAACAUAUGAAUUAA